UGCGACAGCCAGCUAGCUAAACUUUUGCUGUGUAAUAUUCAGCGCAGACCCGGCUGUCCGCGGCUGCUUUCUCGAACUCUUCUUUAAACUUAUUUUGUUUCCUCUCGUUCUUCACGAUGGAAUAUUUAAUCGGAAUUCAGGGACCAGAUUAUGUUCUCGUCGCCGCCGAUAACGUGGCCGCCAGCAGCAUAAUUCAAAUGAAACACGAUUAUGAUAAAAUGUUCAAGCUGAGCGAGAAGAUCCUGCUGCUGUGUGUUGGAGAAGCAGGAGACACGGUGCAGUUUGCUGAGUACAUCCAGAAGAACGUCCAGCUCUACAAAAUGAGGAACGGUUAUGAACUGAGUCCAGCUGCAGCAGCAAACUUCACAAGGAAGAACCUGGCAGACUACCUACGGAGCAGGACGCCGUACCACGUGAACCUGCUGCUGGCGGGUUACGAUGACGCCGACGGUCCCGGCCUCUUCUACAUGGACUACCUGUCCUCUCUGGCCAAGGCGCCCUUUGCUGCUCACGGCUACGGAGCCUUCCUCACUCUGUCCAUCCUGGACAGAUACUACAAACCAGAUUUGACCCGAGAAGAGGCCGUGGACCUUCUGAGAAAGUGCGUCGAGGAGCUGAACAAACGCUUCAUCCUCAACCUCCACUCCUUCAACGUUCGUUUGAUUGACAAGGACGGCAUCCAUGACAUGGAGAAGCUCACUGUGGGCGCCAAGUGACCGCGCUGAAGCCGCCGCCUCCCUCAGAGUUCAGUCUGUUUUUCUUGUCCUCUUUUGUACCACUGACUUCCCUCCCCUCAAAUAAAAGUGACACAAACAGA